AUGGCCCGACUCGCAUGCCUCCUCCUGCUGCUAUUAUCAGCCUUCACGGUUAUUGCUGAUGAGCAAGAGCGAUUCAGAGUGUUCGGUUACCUUCCAGAGUACCGCCUAUCGGAUGAUGUCGAUUUCGAUGGUAUCUUUUCACACGGUGUCACCGAUUUGAUAUUCUUCAGCGUUGAGGUCAGCUAUCUCGGUAUAAUACAACAGAAACAGCGUCUACCUGGCCCUGCUAUUUUGGAGAAGGCUAGGGCUGCUGCCGAUGCCUAUGGGGGACGACUGUUGGUCAGCAUUGGAGGAGCGGGAAGGAGCUCUGGUUUCGCUGAUGCGGUGGCGCACAAUGGGGAUGUCCGGAGGCUCAUCAAGCAGGUUGAUGAUCUGUUGAAUAAAUACCAACUUGAUGGAGUUGACUUUAAUUGGGAGUAUCCACAGAGUGAAACUGAAUGGUACAAUUUCAAGCAGAUGUUGCGGUGGUUGAAGGUGAAGCUGAGGAAGAGGGAGAAGCCAGCGAUCAUCACUCUAGCGUACCAGCCUGGUGGUCUACAAGAGGACAUGAUAGCCAAGUUGAGGUUUGCCAAACAGUGCGAUUACUUCUUGGCGAUGUCUUAUGAACAUCCUGAAGGGAAAGGGGAGGACCUGGCUAGAGUUGUUGUGGAAGCUUGGGAGCAAAGAGGAUUGGAUAUACGGAAGCUCGCAUUGGGGAUACCAUUUUAUGGUAGAGACCUACAGACUGGAGAGGCUCGAACGUACUCGGAGAUUUCUACCAUUCCCGAUGCGCAGCAUAAGUUUGUUUAUGAUACUCCAGAAGAGGUUCAAGCAAGGACGAGAUACGCCCUUGAAGAGGGCCUGGGUGGUGUUAUGAUAUGGGAACUUGGCCAGGACCUCCCUUCCUCGAACGAGAGGUCCCUUCUAGCUGCUAUUGGUAAGGUUGUGUCUUCACCAUCAAUUGAGGAGGAUGGAGGGGAGAAGGAGGAAGAUGAUGAUGAAGAAUUGUGA